GGUAGACGGUGUGCAACGGCCCAGCUCACCCGCUCCGAGACGGGCGCCAUGGAUGAGACGGUCUUGGUGACCUUAGCGCGUGUGGCGGAGCGCGCCGAACGCUACGAUGAGAUGGCGGAUUUCAUGAAGCAACGCGUUCAGGUAGGUUCUGCGCUGAAUCCAGAGGAGCGCGACAUGUUCUCCGCCGCCUUCAAGAACUCCUUGACAGAGCGGCGUCACGCCGUGCGUGUGGCGGCCGGCGUGGAGCAGAUGGAGCUCUCCGAGGGACGAGAAGCAUAUGCCUCGUUGGCCGGAGGUUAUCGAUCCAAGAUGGAGGCGGAACUUCAGGAGAUUUGCUCCAAUGCCCUGACCCUGCUGUCCACUUUGGUGAGUGCUGCAGAACCUGGAGAAGCUAAGACCUUCUUCUUGAAGAUGCAAGGAGACUAUUACCGUUACCUGGCUGAAUGGACCACAGGACCCGCCAAGAGCGAAGUUGCAGGGCAGGCAAUGGAAGUCUACAAGUCAGGCAUGGGUGAGGCAAUGUCGCUACCCACCGCGCAUCCUGUGCGACUGGGUUUGGCCCUCAACUUCUCAGUCUUCCUGCAUGAGGUGUUGAAGGACACCGAGCAUGCAGUGGCCACGGCCACGGACGCACUGAACGCGGCCAGCGCGGGCAUUGAGGAUAUCCCAGAGGAGUCGCGCAACGUAAAUCAAGGAGAUCGACUGAGGCUGCAUCAGCAGAUUCUCCUUCCAGCCGGCGAUCGUACGCAUGGCAUUGAGGCCUUGAUGAUGAAAGAGGGCGACGCUCACAAGCUAAAACCUGUGGAGAAGAGAUGUCGUGCACUUUGGAACGUGAUGAUUGCACCCCUGCUCAUGCUGGCGCACCUAAAUCGGCUUGAAAAUCGUCAGCCCGACCUCUUGAAGUAUUUGCUGCACUGUCUUCUUGGACAUCGUGGCAUGGUCUUCGGAGUGUUGGCCAGCGUGUCGCCGGCGAAGCGAAACGCCACGCUCCCGGCGUGGGAAGAAGUGGCGAAGGCCUUAGAAAGCGGCUCCCUCUCGGAGCGCUUGGAGAACCUGCGCGUUUUGGGCUUUCGAGGGCCCAAGCCGCGCAAGACUUGCUGGGCUGGAUCUGUGUGGGUGAAAGAUGAAUAUCCACGGAAUCCCGAUUCGGCGCCAUGGAAGGCCUUCGAGUAUGUUGAUCGCGAGGACGCUGACGUCCUGGGGCAAGGGAAGCCGGGUAUGAAGAACGAAGCCUUUCGUUGGAACCGCCUCUGGUGUUUGGAGAGCAAUCUGCAGGUGGACACCAAGGAGCGUGAGUGGGAGAUGGGCUUCAAGAAGCGUGCGGAACAGUUCAUUUGGGAGGAGUCUCCAGGCUUCAAGUGGGACGGAGGAGCUGGCAAGUUGCCCACGCCCAACAUCCAUGACAAGAUUCAACUCACAAACCGGCUAUUUGUGGAUGAGGCAUUAGCCCAGUGUGUCCCGAUGACCACCCGCCUGAAACUGGUUGGUGAGAAGCUUCUCUGUCCGUUGCUGAUCUUUUCCGCGGAGAGUUUGAAGAAGACCAGCGUUGGCGCCUGGCUGACAGGAAACGACCCAGAGGAAGUGGACGCGGCCGAAAAGCUGGCCGUGCAUCGGGAUAUGCUUCGCUACGUGGCGUCCCAGGUAGCCUGUGGAGGCGCUGAAGAGAAGGUCUGGCAGAAGCCUUUUCUGAAGGUCUGGGAGGAAACGAAAGAGAAGGUCGCCGUGGCGCUUCACGCCCAGCAAAGUGAAGAUCUGGUGUGGUUGACGCAGUCGGCAGAGGAAGUGCGAUGGCAAGCGAAUGAGUCGUGGAGCCCCAGGGGUGGUGUCACUGCUGGACAAAGCAGCGUUAGGUCGCAGGGCAUUCGGCGUUCCGCCUUUGAACCCAAGGAUGCUCCGCAGGACCAGGCAGAGCUGUUGCCCGAAGACGAGAUCCGGUGGUUCAAGCGCAGGCCUAUGUGCAGCUGCGGCUCUGUGGUGCCAUCGGCUGUGCCAAGGACCCUACGGAAAUGUAUGGUAGAGGUAAUGGAUCCUGACCUGAUCCGGGAGGAGUGUCAAAUGAUCCCGGGCGGCGACAUCCGGCAGAGAGGCAAUGGGUGGAUUCGCGUCGAAGUUGAAGAAGGCAAAGACAAAAAAAUGACACUACCAAAGGAAGGCCAGCAGGUAGAGGAGUCUCAGGCUGAGGAGUCUUUGAGUGACACGUCAAGUGAAGGUGGCAAAGAGGCAGACAAAAGUGAGAAGGAAGAUGAGACCCAGGAGUCCUCAGAAGAUGACAGUGACACCGCAAGUGAUGGGCAUGAAGGGAAUGAACAGCCGGUUCUGGCAGAGGCGACAGGUAUUUCAGGUGACAAUGCCUCAGAGGAUGAUGACCAAGAAUCAGUACGUCAGGAAAAUGAGCCAAGCGAAGGAAGUCCAGUGAAAAAAGAGGAACCGGACAAAGACAAAUCUAUCGAGCCCAAGGACAAGGUGGAGGAGAAGAAGCCAAAGAAGUCAAAGGAGGAUGAAUCACUUCUGACAAGACGAACAAAGGAGGACUUCGUGAUGUCAGCUUUUCAGGUUGCAAUUCACAAAGUGCAGCAGCGUGCUUUGGAAAAGGCAUCAUGCACAGUCCCCACUCCUGAUCAGCAGUUGGAGAUCUUGCGUCAGAAACAAGGGAGGUUGAACUAUGUGCUGGAGAUGCUGCUGUUUCCUCGGCACUUCGCGAUUGUGGAUUUUCCGGGAAGGAAUUUGAUGUGGCAUGGUCCUUUGGCAGUAUUUGCCGAUGAAACGAUUUCUUAUCCUCACGAGGGCCAUGCGGGUGUCAUUCCCUAUGGGUUCGUUUGGAUCCCCCACAUUGAAGAUGACUGUGUGCUACGGAACGAUUCCGAACCUACGAGCACUCCGGCGUCCUCUGGAUAUCGGCAAACUGAGGCUUCAACUCGAAAGUCAGUGGCUUCUCUUGUAGUGGAGACUGGGUUGGCCUCGGGCUGUUGGUCGCAUAGUUAUGGCAAUCUCCUGGCCACUAGCUUUGACUGCCGCUGUGAAGAUUCAGUGAUGGGCAAUGAUGAAACUAGCAGUGGCAGUGAUGAUUCUAGCAUGGCCAGCGCUGAUAGUAGCAGUUCUUCUGAUGCUGCAAUGACCUCUGGAUCUUCUGUCAAGGUGCGAGAAAAAGACAAGAAGGAGAAAAAGGAUAAGAAAGACAAGAAGCAUGCCAAGGAGCAGGAGGACAAGGCAGACCAGACGAUGGCAUCGGCAGAACGUGCACCACAGACGGGCAUCGUGCCCACACCCAAGGUGAGAGCAGCAGCUGAGCCCUCAAACGAGGUGAAGGCACCAGAGAAGAAAGACAAGAAGGAGAAAAAGGAUAAGAAAGACAAGAAGGAUGCCAAGGAGCAGGAGGACAAGGCAGACCAGACCAUGGCACCGGCAGAAAGUGCACCACAGAAGGGCAUCGUGCCCACACCCAAGGUGAGAGCAGCAGCUGAGCCCUCAAACGAGGUGAAGGCACCAGAGAAGAAAGACAAGAAGGAGAAAAAGGAUAAGAAAGACAAGAAGGAUGCCAAGGAGCAGGAGGACAAGGCAGACCAGACCAUGGCACCGGCAGAAAGUGCACCACAGAAGGGCAUCGUGCCCACACCCAAGGUGAGAGCAGCAGCUGAGCCCUCAAGCGAGGUGAAGGCACCAGAGAAGAAAGACAAGAAGGAGAAAAAGGAUAAGAAAGACAAGAAGCAUGCCAAGGAGCAGGAGGACGAGGCAGACCAGACGAUGGCAUCGGCAAAAGGUUCACCACAGACGGGCAUUGUGCCCACACCCAAGGUGAGAGCAGCAGCUGAGCCCUCAAACGAGGUGAAGGCACCAGAGAAGAAAGACAAGAAGGAGAAAAAGGAUAAGAAAGACAAGAAGGAUGCCAAGGAGCAGGAGGACGAGGCAGACCAGACGAUGGCAUCAGCAGAAGGUGCACCACAGACGGGCAUCGUGCCCACACCCAAGGUGAGAGCAGCAGCUGAGCCCUCAAGCGAGGUGAAGGCACCAGAGAAGAAAGACAAGAAGGAGAAAAAGGAUAAGAAAGGCAAGAAGGAUGCCAAGGAGCAGGAGGACAAGGCAGACCAAACGAUGGCAUCGGCAGAAGGUGCACCAGAGACCAGUGGAGUGGCACAACCAAAAGCAGCAGCAGCAGCAGCACCAGCAGCAGCUGAGCCCUCGAGCGAGAUGAAGGCAUCAGAGAAGAAAGAAAAGAAGAGCAAAAAGAGCAAGAAAGAAAAGAAGGUAGAGGCAUCCAAUGAUGCAGCUGGUCAGGAAGAAAACACAACAGGGAAAGCAAAGGAAGCACUGCAAACAGUGCCUGAGGUCACAGAGCAGGUACCAGAAAAAAAUGAUGGGAAGAGACACAUGGCUGAGACAGAGCACACAGCAAUGAAGAGGAAAAAAAUUGAGAAGGUGUCAAGGAAAGCAAAUGCUGGCACAGGUGAGUCGCCAGAAAAGAAAAGGUUCAAGCCAGUUCGUGUUGAGGCAGAGUCUGGGAGUGAUGUUGAGAAGGAGCCCAGACCCAUUGCUACGCCUAUGCAGAAGAUUGAGCCCACACGGACCAUGGAAAGCUUAGACCUGUUUCGGUCUUUGUCGGAUUCACAGCUUAUGAGCCCAGCCAGUAUUACUGGCACUGUGAGUGGAUCCUCAGCAGCGGCAGGGACACCUGCUGAGGUUUCGGAACCUCGUGCCAAAAAUGGUGGUGUUGCUCGCAGAACUGCCCUGACAGAAGCCGAGAAGGAAUCCAUCGAAAACAUGAGUCAGCCAGCAGAUAUGGAAGAGUCGGAGCGUAAGAGGCAAUACUCGGCUUUGCGCCGAGCUGUGAACCGGAGCUGCAACCCUGCUUUGGUCAUGAAGAUGCAGAAUUGCAGUGACACAGAGAGGAAAGCCGCACUGACCGCUAUAUCACCAUGCCAGACGGGUACUCCACACCCACAAUCCGACAACCCCAAAGCUAAGAUGUACAAGGUCCUUGCGGAGAUAGUAGAGGAGAAGGGUGAGAAAACCCGGGGUGAGUCAAAUUAUGCUGUGGGUGGGCGAGUGAGAUCGGAGGCUGCCAAGAAAGCUGUUGCCAAGGCAAUUGCCAAAAAUGUGAACGAUCUUGACAAUAUGGGGUUGGUAGACCUCAAGACUGGGGCUAUCAAGUCCAAGCGAAAGGGCAAGUCAAAGGAGAAGUCCCCUGAAGAAAUGGCUCUCAAAGAUGUGAAAGCAUAUGUCGCCAAGUGGCUGGAAGAUGAGAAGGCUUGGUUCGCCCCCAUCGAGAAUGACAUCAAAGAUGCCAAGCGCCGCAUCAACUUGAAGAAGGGUUCCAAGCCUCGUAAGGCUCCAGCUGAAGCUACAGGGCCUGAGCACAGCGCUUCUGAAGAUGAAGCGAAAGGCUUGAAAGAUUUGGUUGGCCUUCGGAAGGCAACUGAUACAGUGAAGAAUCCAAAUGCCCCUAGGUUUGCAUCACUAUAUGCAUAUGACAAGAAGAUCUUCCAGAAGAGAUUCUUGGGUGAGCAGGGAGUAUCAACCGAGGAAUUCAUUGUCCAUGGCUGUCGCAACAAUGCCUGGUGUCGAAUGCCCGGAUGGGAUAUCAGCAUCCUGGGUGACAACAUCGACGAGCGACUCCGUGCUGCUCAUGUGGAAUUUGUAGCCCAGAUGCGAGCGGCGGUGUUUGUGAACAUGGUGCUCAUACGGCAGGCAAUGCAUGGUUGUAAGACCAUCAUGCCCGAGAACAAGCUUCGGGACCUUCAAGAUUUCUUGGCAAUGGCGGCCUCCAUCAGCCGCACGCAGCCAAGGAAUUUCGCGCCGGCCUUUUGGAUGGCCAGCUACGGCUUGCUCCUCUGGGGUCGGGCAAGGCAGCUGAGACCCAGCCUGGAGAUCGCACUGCGCAAGCGGCUGAUUCGCGCCAAAUUCCCGGUGGAGGAAGAGGAGGAAGAGUCUGAGGAAGAGGAUGAGGACGACCUCAGCGAUUUGGAGGAUGAAGAUCCAGAGGAAGAGGAGGAGAAGCCCGUGCCGCAGUUCGCGAUCUACGGGCCACAUCUCGUUCCGUUGGCGGAGGUGCUCCGUUUGGAGUGGUCCAAGGGCCCUGCGGGUGCGCCGUCCCAACGUGUGAGUGUGGCUCCUGGUGAAGAGCCACUACCUGCAGGUCCAGUCAACAUGUUGAGGACUGAAAUUGUCUGCAAAAAUGUGGAAUCCCUACUGGCGGCAUACGAAGUGCUGACGGAAGAUGCGGAAGAGGAUGACAUCCCCGCAAAGUCCAAGGAGGUCAUGGACCUGGAAGAGGUCUCGGAAAAUCGGGAGGACGAAGAUGAAGAGGAAGAGGAGGUUGAUCAGACGGCAGAUGUCGAAGAGAUAGAGCCCGACGACGAAGAAGACUUCUUCCUGCCAGAAGAUGAGGCGUCCGCCCCUUCAGAGUUGUCCCUGUUUUCCCGUGCGGAGUUGCAUGUGCAGCGCCGCGCACCCCUGGGACUUCCGGCGAAGCUUCGCUUGGUCAAGGUGUUCAAUGGCUUUCACCCGGACAAUGCCAACAAGAUCUUUCCGCAGGCCGCAGGCAUCUUACUCCUCAUGCACGUUUCGGCCCGGAAGAGCCAGACAGCGCACAAGGGAAAUGGAGAAAAGGAGUCGGAUUGGGCCGAGCCAUUGGUGGAUCCCACGGACCUGGUCCAGCAGCUGGUGGAGGUAAGCGUUGAGGGUAUAGAGCAAGGUGUGAUUCCAGAAGACUUUGGAAUUCAAGGGCUAGAGCAGGAGCAGGAGUAG